AUGGCCGCCACGGCGCAGUACCUGCCGCGCAGCGCCGCGCUGAUGCACCCCGACGGGGACCGGCUGCACCAGGGCACCACGUACCGCGAGGUGCAGAAGAUGAUGCACCACGAGUACCUGCAGGGGCUGGCCCCCGCCGCCGGGCACGCCGUCGGGCUGGCGCACCACCAGUGGCUGCCCAGCGCCGGCACGGACUGGGGCAGCGGCGGGGGCGGCGGGGGCGCGCACCUCCCGCCCGCCGAGCACGCCAAGGGCGGCCCGCCGGGGCCCCGCGAGGAGCUGUCCGCCGCCGCCUUCCACCACCGCCCGCACCUGGUGCACCAGCCGGCGGCGGGCGGCGCGGCGGGCGGCUGGGCGCAGGGCGGCGCGCACCACCUGCCGCCCAUGUCGCCGCCGUCGGGGCAGCCGCUGCUCUACGCGCAGCCCUACGCGGGCCUCAACGGGAUGCUGGGCCCGCCGGCGCCCGCGCUGCACCACGGGCUGCGCGACCCGCUGGGCGCCGAGGAGGCGGGCGCCCACGAGCUGGCGGCCUCGCCGCCGCCGCUGGGGCCGCCCGAGCCGUCGGACGAGGACGCGCCCAGCUCCGACGACCUGGAGCAGUUCGCCAAGCAGUUCAAGCAGCGGCGGAUCAAGCUGGGCUUCACGCAGGCCGACGUGGGGCUGGCGCUGGGCACCCUCUACGGGAACGUCUUCUCGCAGACGACCAUCUGCCGGUUCGAGGCGCUGCAGCUGAGCUUCAAGAACAUGUGCAAGCUGAAGCCGCUGCUCAACAAGUGGCUGGAGGAGACGGACUCCAGCACGGGCAGCCCCACCAACCUGGACAAGAUCGCGGCGCAGGGCCGGAAGCGCAAGAAGCGCACCUCCAUCGAGGUGGGCGUCAAGGGCGCCCUGGAGAACCACUUCCUCAAGUGCCCCAAGCCCUCGGCGCACGAGAUCACCUCCCUGGCGGACUCCCUGCAGCUGGAGAAGGAGGUGGUGCGGGUCUGGUUCUGCAACCGGCGGCAGAAGGAGAAGCGCAUGACGCCGGCCGGGGUCCCGCACCCGCCCAUGGAGGACGUUUACGCACAGGCGGACACGUCGCCGCUGCACCACGCGCUGCCCGGCGCCGUGCAGUGACUGCCCGGCCCCGCCGCCGCGGCCCCGACGGCGGCGGAGCGGGCGCGGGCGGCGGGAGACGCGCUUUAAUUUAUUCCUCAGACUGGCCCGGCCGCGCCCGCUGCGCGCCCCGCGCUGUAUUUAUUCGCCCGCCACGAGCGCCCUGCGCGCCGGAGCCGCUCGCGGCCGCAGCAGCAGUAGCCAAAGGUUUGCGAUCUCUAAUUUAUUCCCUUCCU